CGCCUCUCUCUCUUUCUGCAAGGAUGCUAGUUAGCGGGGAACUCUUCUCCCCUUCGACCCACACAAAACCCCAGAAAUAAACCGCCUUUGGUUCUCUCCUGCCUAGGUCGAGAUGUGAGAUUCAGGGAUGGCUGCCCACCCUUCCCUUGAGGGAAUGGGGCUCGAGCAACGCAGGGGUUAACUUUUCUGAAAACACAAUUAACUUUUUUCCUAUCCUGCGUGGGGAGGGAGGGAUGUAUUUAUUUAAUCACUGGGGGACGAGGUGGUCUCCGUCAAAGCCCCCUCCUCCCGCACAGACGUCUCUCUGGCAGAUCCUACGUAGAUGGAACAGAACGCGUAGUGUUGUUGGGGGGGAGAGAGAGAGAGAGAGAAAGGAGAAGGAGAGGAAGGAGGGAAAAAAAGGUUGAUAGGUUUGUGCGCGGGUCCCUCGCGCGGGCUGCGCUCCUCCUGGGUGCUAUUUGACAAUUCCUGCCUCUGCCAUUGGUCAGUGUUGGAUCAGAUGGUUGUAUUUCCUUCUGGCCCUCACUGGCACCUCGCCAUCCCCCCUCAGCUAAAACCCAAUCUCAGAUAUACUACUAAUAGGCGCGGCGCUCGGACUAUAAAACACAACAAAUCAUAAACCCGGCGGAGCAGCAGCGGCCGCGCGCGCCUCCCUGCCAAUGAGUUCCUAUUUCGUGAACUCCACCUUCCCCGUCACUCUGGCCAGCGGGCAGGAGUCCUUCCUGGGCCAGCUCCCGCUCUACUCCUCCGGCUAUGCGGACCCGCUGAGGCACUACCCCGCGCCCUACGGGCCCGGGCCCGGCCAGGACAAGGGCUUCGCCGCCUCCUCCUAUUACCCGCCGGCGGGCGGCGGCUACGGCCGCGCGGCGCCCUGCGACUACGGCCCGGCGCCGGCCUUCUACCGCGAGAAGGAGUCGGCCUGCGCGCUCUCCGGGGCGGACGAGCCGCCCCCCUACCACCCCGAGCCGCGCAAGUCCGACUGCGCGCAGGACAAGAGCGUGUUCGGCGGCGAGCCCGAGGAGCAGAAGUGCUCCACGCCCGUCUACCCCUGGAUGCAGCGGAUGAAUUCGUGCAACAGUUCCUCCUUCGGGCCCAGCGGCCGGCGCGGCCGCCAGACCUACACGCGCUACCAGACCCUGGAGCUGGAGAAGGAGUUCCACUACAACCGCUACCUGACGCGGCGGCGGCGCAUCGAGAUCGCGCACGCCCUGUGCCUGACCGAGCGGCAGAUCAAGAUCUGGUUCCAGAACCGGCGCAUGAAGUGGAAAAAGGAGAGCAAGCUGCUCAGUGCGUCUCAGCUCAGCGCGGAGGAGGAGGAAGAAAAACCAGCGGAGUGAAGGCGCUGGGAAGGAAGGCUGGGGCGCGAAGGGAGAGGCCUGUGGGCAGCCGAGGGCAUUGGAGAGCUGGAGAGGGCUCUGCGGGCGGGGGAGCCGGGGGGGCCCGCUCUCCAGCACGAGGCGGGCGGGGCCCAGGGCUCCCCGGGUCGCCCCCGCCCGCAGAGCUCUGGCGGGUGCCGGAAGGCCGUGCAGCCGGAGCCCACCCGGCAUCCUCGGGCCCCUCCGUCCCCGCGGACCCCGCCUCAGCCGGCCCGGGCUCCCUCCCCCCGCCCCGUGAGAACUGAGGACCGGACUCACUCGAUGUUUCCUGGAGGCAGAGCAAAACACUCUUGUCCGUGUCGCAUCUCAUUUCGUCCCCGUCCCCCGUGCACGGUUCGAUGGUAGCUUCGCAGCCCCCUCAGCGGGGGCCUCGAAGACUCCCUGACCCCAGACCUCUGGCCCAUUCCCUCCCCGAAGCCACUGGAAGGAGCACAUACUACCUAGAAGUAAGAAGAGGAGCCUGAGAAGAAAACAAAGUUCUAUUUUAUUAAUUUUCUAUGUGUUGUGUUUGUAGUCUUGUCUUAGCUCUGGACGUGAAAUACUUCCGUAAUAAUAUUAAUAUUAUUAA